AUGAAACCCAGCCAAACAUGGCGAGCAGCCCUAGCGGCAUCAAUAGCUGCAAUCACUUCUUUCACUGCAGCAGCGGAUAUAUGCCCCAAGCUCGAACAGGAAGGAAUAUCAAUCGAGAAGCGUCUCACGCUUUCGUACCAUAGUAUCCUAAAGGACUAUUGGUCCACCGCGUGCGGUGAUCUCCGCCCAAAAUGUGUCGCCACUCCUAAGAGCGCUCUUGAGAUGUCUCAAAUCGUCAAGGAGCUCCAUAGCGUUGAUACGUUGUUCGCCGUCAAGUCCGGUGGACACAUGCCCAACAACGGCUUCGCCAGCAUCCAAGACGGACUACUCAUCUCCACCAAGAAUCUCGACAAUGUCAUCUAUAAUGAUAACGACCAGACUGCCAUUAUUGGACCGGGUCUAUCUUGGGAAGACGCACAGAAAGGGUUGGACGGAACUGGUCGGACUCUUGUUGGUGGUCGUCUCGGGGGCGUAGGUGUAGGUGGAUAUAUCUUAGGAGGCGGGUUGAGCUUCUUGAGCUCCCAGUACGGUUGGGCAGCGAACAACGUCGUCAAUUUCGAAGUGAUCCUUGCCAACGGCACCAUUGUGAAUGCGAAUUCGAAGGAAAACACGGACCUCUUCGCAGCCCUAAAAGGAGGUGGGAGCAACUUCGGCAUUGUCACAGCUUAUACCCUCCAGACAUAUCCACAGAAUCAUAAGGUUUGGGGAGGGAACUACAUCUUCACGUCGGACAAGACACCUCAAGUCCUCGAAGCUGUUCGAGAUUUUACCGAAAAUUAUCCUGAUGACAAGGCUGCCAUCAUCGCCACGGCCGAGCAUGCCGCGCUACUCAACACAUGGAUUAUUUUCCUCUUCUAUGAUGGCCCGGAGCCUCCGCAGGGCGUCUUCGACCGGUUCAAAGCCAUUGGGCCACUGGACAAGACCAAGACAUGGGAUAGCUACUACGAUUUGCUCAAACACAACGAUUUCUUCAUCUUAAAGGGACAACGGUACACCAUCGCAACGGAGACGACGCCGCUUCCCAACAACACGGUCGGCGCAGAAGUCAUGCAAACAUACUACGACCAUUGGUUCAACGUUACAAAAACAGUUCUUGGCGUGCCGAACAUGAUUGGCUCCAUCGCAUUCCAACCAAUGCCCAAAGCCAUCACCAGCAAAGCGAAGGCCCGUGGCGGAGACCUUUACAACUUCCCCACGGAUCAAGAUUAUAUCAUUUUGGAAUUGGACUUCUCCUAUGCCUUCUCGGCGAGCGAUGACAAGAUCGAUGCCGCGAACAAGAACCUGUUCAAUGGGUUCGAUACGAUCAUCUCAAGAUAUAUCAAGGAAGGCGUGCUACCCGAUGUCUACAGACCGUUGUUCUUGAACGACGCGAACUACGCGCAGGACUUUUGGGGCCGCCUGGGCUCGACGGAGCAAGCGCGCGAGACGAGGAAGAAGUAUGAUCCUGAGCUGUUCUUCCAGAAGCGGACGAGUGGUGGGUUCAGACUUGGAUGA